CUGCAAAAGCAAUGCAGCAAAGAGAGAAUCCCAGAUCAAAAGUUCCUGCUUUGCCCAACUUUCUCUUUCUCCUUACUGAACCAGCAACAAGUGUGAUGAAACUGACAACAGCACAAGCACACCCAACAGUGAAUAAUAUCUCAAUGGUUAGCAGCCAUGGGUCUGAAAGUAAAGGAAAACAUCCAACAGUGAAUAAUAUCUCAAUUGUUAGCAGCCAUGGGUCUGAAAGUAAAGGAAAACAUUCAACAGUGAAUGAUAUCUCAAUGGUUAGCAGCCAUGGGUCUGAAAGUAAAGGAAAACAUCCAACAGUGAAUGAUAUCUCAAUGGUUAGCAGCCAUGGGUCUGAAAGUAAAGGAAAACAUCCAACAGUGAAUAAUAUCUCAAUGGUUAGCAGCCAUGGGUCUGAAAGUAAAGGAAAACAUCCAACAGUGAAUGAUAUCUCAAUGGUUAGCAGCCAUUGGUCUGAAAGUAAAGGAAAACAUCCAACAGUGAAUAAUAGCUCAAUGGUUAGCAGCCAUGGGUCUGAAAGUAAAGGAAAACAUCCAACAGUGAAUAAUAUCUCAAUGGUUAGCAGCCAUGGGUCUGAAAGUAAAGGAAAACAUCCAACAGUGAAUGAUAUCUCAAUAGUUAGCAGCCAUGGGUCUGAAAGUAAAGGAAAACAUCCAACAGUGAAUAAUAUCUCAAUGGUUAGCAGCCAUGGGUCUGAAAGUAAAGGAAAACAUCCAACAGUGAAUAAUAUCUCAAUGGUUAGCAGCCAUGGGUCUGAAAGUAAAGGAAAACAUCCAACAGUGAAUGAUAUCUCAAUAGUUAGCAGCCAUGGGUCUGAAAGUAAAGGAAAACAUCCAACAGUGAAUAAUAUCUCAAUGGUUAGCAGCCAUGGGUCUGAAAGUAAAGGAAAACAUCCAACAGUGAAUAAUAUCUCAAUGGUUAGCAGCCAUGGGUCUGAAAGUAAAGGAAAACAUCCAACAGUGAAUAAUAUCUCAAUGGUUAGCAGCCAUGGGUCUGGAAGUA